CGUAUUUAUUUCCGGUUGGUUUCCAUUUUCCGCGGGUUUUUCAAAGAUCGUUUCAGGAAAUCUGAAGUGGCCGGACCCAAGUGAAAAGGCAUCGGUAACUCGCUGGUUUACAACUUUUUCGGAGGGGAACAUUCCUUGAAGAGCAUAGUUUCCAGGACACCUGGGAUAUUUUCCUUUGCACCCAUCCCAGCUUGCUGAUAUCCUUCAUAAACUUGUUUCCCAGAACUGGACACAAUUAUUCAGAUUUCAUCCACUCUUACGUGCAUCUGCUUGAGUUGAUAUGAAUCCUACAAGUGGCAGGAAGAAGCGUCGUGUUGAAAAAAGGAAGAAUGAAGGAAAUAUCCUGCCUUAUAUGCGUGCUAGAGAGAAUUCUGCAGGAGGCUCAGAUGCCAGUACCGUGAGGAGAAGCCCACUGGUGGAAACUGGAGAAGGUACAAACACCAACAGCAUGAGAAGAAAUCCUGUGGGAGAAACUGAAGGCCAUUGUGCAGGAGAGUCUACGCCUAGCAUUGAGGAGUCCUGGGAUGAAGAACGAGAAUUCACCGUGAAGUUAGGUGUUGAUGUGAAGGAACAUGUUGUGAAAGGCAAAAUCCAUGACAGUAUUCUAACUGCCCUCAGGGCUUCUAAGGAUGUUAGUGCUCUGAUGGACAAAGAGAAGGGCAAGAAGGUCUACUUAAUAGGGAAGAAAGGGAUUAUAGGUUGCAUUAAUUUCGGGAUGCCUCUGAAGUACAUGCCUGAUGGCUCCCAAAUUGAAAUGAAAUUUUACAAUUCUAAGAGAAAAGGAAGCAGCGGUCAGUUAGAGUAUCGCCAGUAUGAUGACAGGAGGACAAAUUGUGUCUUGUUCUAUGUCACCCCAACUGCAAAGAAAUAUGAGACCAAUCAGCCAUUAUCCCGUGAAAUAAUUAGAUGCAAACAACUUUUGAAAGAAAACUGUGAUUUGUGUAUCUUUGCACCAGAAAAUGAGUCGAUAAAGGAUGCCUUGUGUAAUGAUGGCCGCUUUGUGCCUAAUCUAAAGGAAGAAGAUUGGUAUCUAAUGAAGAAAAACAAGGUCAUAUCUAACAUUCUUCCAGUUAAACGGAUGUCUAACAAGACCUUUUCCGUUCAUGUGAAAACUAAGAGACAACCCAGGUCUAGGAAGGGUCCAAAUAAUGAACAGCUCCCUCUGGCCUCUCAGGAACCGCAACAUAAAACUUAUCUUUAUUUUAACAAAAAGCUGCUGACCUUUUAUCCUGACUUGAAGGAACAAAGUGGCAUAAUUAACAACUUCUUUGAAACUGCCAGGCAACAGGAGAGAAAAGACGUCUUUAGUGUAUACAAAGACGUCUUUGGCAAAGAGAAAAAUAAUUCCCUUCUGGUGAAGGCGCUGAAGCUCCAUGCUAAUCGCAGUGAAUCAGUUGGGUAUAUCGAGUGGGGCAUGAUUGGGACAGAAGGGGUUGCCACGUGCUUUGUCCUGUGUGGUAGCUACAUACUAACCUGCCACCAUGUGGUCAGCAUGAUAGUUGGAGAAGGAACUGAAGAAAAGUCCUGGGCACACAAAAUUAGCCAGCUGGCCCGAGUGACUUUCUCUUAUGAAGACAGACACCCUGAGGGAAAUGACUGGUUCUCACUUGAGGAAUGGUUUGAAAUAUCGGAUAAGGAGCUUGACUUUGCUAUCCUGAAACUGAAGGAAAAUGGAAACGGAACUAAGAUUCCAGCCGGAUUGGUGCAGUUCUCUUCUGUUCCUCCAUUUAAUGGUCUUGUUUACAUCAUUGGCCAUCCAGAUGGAGAAGCAAAGUCAGUUGAUGGCUGUUGUGUUGUCAGCGUAUGGGAUCACCAGAAGGAGUGUACUCGUCGUUUGCAGCAGGAAUGUAAUUGUUUCAACUGUGGUUAUGAAGAACAGGGUAAAAAAUGCAUCCAUAUGUACAAUCCAAGAUUACCAGAAAUAAUCAAUAAUCCUGCUACGGUUACCUAUGAUACUUCUUUCUUCCGUGGGUCUUCAGGUUCACCAGUGUUUGACAAAAAUGGCAACCUGGUUGCAUUACAUGCUGCAGGAUAUCUUUAUGGAGGAAAAUACAAACAGGGCAGCAUAAUUGAAUUUGGUUAUUUAAUGAUGUCAAUCCUCUCAAAUAUUGAAAAGAAGCAUGGAUCUUGGUAUUGGUCAGAAAUCGCUCCUUUUCUGGUGGCUUGUCCUGAUGCCAGAGAGGGCGUUGUCCAUGAUAACCACUUCCCUCAAGACGUGGAGAUGGAACCAGUGGAAUUGGAUGGAACCAGAUGACAUACUAUGAGAUUCAAGGUGUGACUGGACAGUCAAAUUGUCCUGGGCUGGGCCAGGGUAAACAGAAUUGCUUUCAGGUGUGGUAUGCCAUUUGAGGUGAUCCUCAAGUGAUCCUAUUUAGUGUGUUCUUCCCUUUGAAAGGCAAAAAAUAAUAAAAACAGAAAAUAUCCCCCUCCCUAACUCCUUCCUAUCUCCACCUCCAUGGAGGAGCAAAGUUGCAUUAAAAAAAAAAUGUAAGUGGGGUAUCACUGAAUUGACCUGCCAGUUAACUGAUUCAGCACUAGAUUAUAAGGAAUUUAAAACAAAACAAACAACCUCUGCAUCCUGUCACAAGUCCAACCUGGCCAAUCACCUUUAAACGGUCCCCCC